AUGUUGCUAGUACGACGAGUGCCGAUACGAAUAACACACAGCCCGCCACAAACCCCUCUUAUAUACCAUCGCCCUCUCAGCCGAUCGUAUCAAGAUGUCUGGACGUGGAAAGGGAAGGGAGGAAAAGUAAAGGGAAAGGCAAAGAGCCGAUCAUCCCGUGCAGGGCUUCAGUUCCCUGUCGGACGUAUCCACCGUCUGCUCCGUAAAGGAAACUAUGCCGAGAGAGUUGGUGCCGGUGCCCCAGUCUACCUGGCCGCUGUCCUCGAAUACUUGGCAGCUGAGGUGUUGGAAUUGGCAGGAAACGCUGCCAGAGACAACAAGAAGACCAGGAUCAUCCCACGUCAUCUUCAGUUGGCCAUCAGAAACGACGAGGAGUUGAACAAACUUCUGUCUGGUGUUACCAUUGCACAGGGAGGUGUCCUCCCCAACAUCCAGGCCGUCCUUCUCCCCAAGAAGACCCAGAAGCCAGCCAAGUAA